AUGGGUUUGGUUUGCCUUCUCGGUGUCACCUGGACGUGUGGAUUGUUGUGGAUCGACGAUGGACAUUCGAUAGUGAUGGCGUACGCAUUCACAAUUGCGAACUCCCUUCAGGGUCUCUUCAUCUUCCUGUUCCAUGUGUUGUUCUCAGAGAAGAUGCGAUACGAUGUUUUGCGAUGGUGCAACAAUCACCAUCUCCCGUGUGUUAGUUCCAGUUCCCGGAACACCUCUAGAGAUCCACAAAAACAUGGGACCAUGUCCCCGUCAGAGAGGAGUGGCAGCGAAUUCAUCUAUCCCACGUCCGAGAAGAUGCACACAUCACCUCGAGGAUUGGAUUCCUCUAUGAACUCGGCCUACCCUCAACAACCACUUGUGCACCACUAUCAGCGUCAUCCAUCACAAGCUAAUGAACUACGCGACUACGCAACGAUUGCGUAUGGAGAGAUGGUACCGGGCCAUAUGUUACCCCGUAUGGCCUCCUCGUUCCCUCACCCAGGCGUUGCCGUGCAUUAUCCUCCGUUUGAUACGUCGAUGAUUCGUGGAAGCGAUCUGGACUCCGUCUAUCAGCCUCAGGUGUUCCAUCAUCGUCCUCCACCGGACUUUUCCCCACCACCACCUCCUCCUCAGGGUACAACCCCAUCAAGAGUAAUUCCGCCCCCCGUCGUCCAAAAUGAGCGACGACUCGGCGUAUUC